GGCAUGGAAUCUUCCCGCAGAAUGCUUUCCCGUACUUCGAUUCCUCUCCGAAAGUUGCUUUCCGAAUUCCAUUUUGGAAGAUCUGCGGUGACAGAAUCUCCGGUGCUGUCGAGAUCGUUUACGAAAUUCUCAACUCGCCGUUGUUGGGUGGAAAGCAGUCGUUUCAGUCGCCCUACAAUCGCAAUUUCGCCGAAUUAUUUCGAGUUUCUACGAGAUUGCAGGAGCUACAGCGUUGAUGCGGAUAAAGAAGUGGAUAGGAUUAACCUCAAGUUCGCUGAAGCUAGGGAGGAGAUAGAGUCGGCUAUGGAGUCCAGAGAGACCGUGUAUUUCAACGAGGAAGCGGACUGUGCUCGUGCAGCUGUAGGUGAAGUGCUUGGAAUGUAUGAGGAUUUGUUGAAGAAGCUUCCCGAGACUGACAAGGGGAAGAUACAGAGGGCGAUGGGGCUCAAGAUCGAGCAAUUGAAGGCUGAGCUUGAACAGUUGAAUGAGUAGUGAGGUUAAGGAAAAUUAAACAGCUGAUUUUAUUUUGUAUUAGUUGAAUUUGGGCUUUCAGGAAGCCUUAUUCUCUUUUGGUUUGUCGAUUACAAAGUAUUGAAGAUCUCUGAGGGUGAUAUCGGAGCUCAAAUUAAUUGAAUAAUGGAAACGUUAAUUUGACAUUA